GUAAGGUUGCUGAUUGGUCCAAAAGAAAGCCGCUUAACUACAUGGAGUUAGUCAUUCAACUUGUUCAAGUGCUUAAACUGUUUCAGUGAGAGCCCGGCCAGACAUCUCCAACUUCAAUAGGGGGGUCAUCUUCGAAGAUGAGAGCUCGCUGGAUACUUGGGGCUAUUUUCGUCUUUACAACUGAAUGAAUAGGUUUUACCAUCCUCUUUGUUGCAGGGGAACUUCUACGCCGCGACCCGCGGAGUCUCCCUAUCAGUUGGGUCCACAUACGUAGACCCAUGUGCCUAUUUGAACUGCGGUUACAGUCCAAAAAAGAAAUGGAUUGAAGGCGCGUCAAAGGUGCACGGCUUUCUUCACAAUGGCCAAUGCGGACAGCGAGGUCAGAACGCUGCUGAACUUUGUUAAUUUGGCCUCCAGCGACAUCAAAGCGGCGCUUGACAAAUCGGCGCCCUGCAGGCGCUCCGUGGACCACAGAAAGUACUUGCAGAAACAGCUGAAACGGUUUUCAAAGAGGUACUCCAAGUUGCCUCGCUGCCGGUCAUACAGAGCAACGGAUCUAGGGAUGACUGGAUCGGAACAACACAAGGCUGCAGUGUAUUCUCUGGACAACAUCCACCAGUCAAACCAGAACGCGGAGCCGGUGACAUCAGACCUACCCCGCGACGCAUCAUAUUGCAAGCACGAGGAUACGAAUCUGCUGGUGCCCAUGCGUAAGCGCCAACUUCCAGCUUCUUUUUGGAAAGAGCCUUCGUCAUCUCAGCAAAGUUUUACAUCUCAUUUGGACACUGUUGCUAAACAGACGGAUGUAUUCAUUCCAGUAGACGCGGCACCUGCUGUUCCAGACGGCGUGGUGUCCAACGACGCCAAGUCUUUACGCGCGCCUGUUGACUCCUUGGUGAGCAACAGCACGCAGCGCAAAAUGGACUUACCAUACAGAGGUGCCAACAUGUGUGGAUGUUACUCGCUUCAGUACCACGGGCACAUGUUGCCAAGGCACUUUCUCGUUCCACACACUAGCUUCCUCGACGCUGGGUGUCUUGCGUCAACGGGUAUCGAUCCUCAUCCUCUUGCUCCAAAUAGACUGGAGUACCAGGCUGGCCACGUCGUUGUGAAGCCGAUUCCGACUAAGCCAGCACUCUCGUCAUCAAUGCUGAGUAUGUUUGGAUUCACUUGAGAUGAA